AGGAGGCGGGCCAAUGGGAGCCCGGGAUGUUAGCGGGUGGGAGGUGCGGCCGCGUUGCUACAGCCAGAGCUGGGCGGCGGCGGGCGCAGCGGGAGGAGUCAAUCCGAUUCCGAGGCGGUGGCGCAAUGGAGGGACUGGAAGAGAAUGGAAGUGUUGUCCAAGUUGGAGAAUUGUUACCUUGCAAGAUUUGUGGAAGAACGUUCUUUCCAGUAGCAUUAAAAAAACAUGGGCCUAUUUGCCAGAAAACUGCCACUAAAAAGCGGAAGACUUUUGAUUCAAGCAGACAAAGAGCUGAAGGAACGGAUAUUCCAACAGUUAAACCUCUGAAACCUAGGCCAGAACCACCAAAAAAACCAUCUAAUUGGAGAAGAAAACAUGAAGAAUUCAUUGCCACCAUACGAGCAGCUAAAGGCCUUGAUCAGGCACUGAAAGAGGGUGGAAAACUUCCUCCUCCUCCUCCACCUUCCUACGAUCCUGAUUACAUUCAAUGCCCAUAUUGCCAGAGGAGAUUCAAUGAAAAUGCAGCUGAUAGACAUAUAAAUUUCUGUAAAGAACAAGCAGCACGUAUUAGUAAUAAAGGGAAAUUUUCUACAGAUACCAAAGGAAAACCAGCUUCUCGGACACAGUAUAAGCCACCUGCAGUUAAAAAGUCAAAUUCUCCUGGAACCACAUCAUCAGGAUCUUCAAGAUUACCGCAACCAAGUAGCACUAGCAAAGCUGUUGUAGGUAUGCCUUCAGGUAAAGUGUCUUCAGUUAACAGCUCUUUGGGAAACAAACUUCAGACCCUAUCUCCCUCUCAUAAAGGGAUAGCAGCCCCUCAUGCAGGUAAGAUGGGCAUGUUAGGCCCUCCACUUCGAACUGGAAGAAAUGUGCAAAGGUUGUAUGACUGUGAUACAAAAUCAAACAGUGCCAACAAAAGACAUGAGUUAUUACCCAUUUACAAAACUAACAUCAAACCUCGAAAUUCCACACCACCUAGUCUGGCGCGAAACCCUGCCUCCGGUGUGCUUACAAGCAAAAGAAAAACAUACGCUGACAGUUACAAUGCAAGGAUGAAAGCUUGUAAAAUAUAAGCAAGAGCUGCAUUACUUUUUGGUGGAGAAAAGACAGUCUUCUAGGUACAGUGAACAAAGCAGUCAACAUUGCCUACCAUUUUGAAGUUCAUAUUACAGUAGAAAAAGAUUGAAAAUAAGAACAAUAAGUAAGUAAAUAUACUUUAUCUUAAAUUGUGAUAAUGCUGUGUAGAGAAAGUGGGAGGGUGGCUAGAAGGUAGACAAGAUAGAGGUUGGAAGUGGCUUACAAUAUUAGAUGAGUGUUCAGAGAAGAUGAUUUCAUUGAUAAAGUGAUCUAUGAGCACACCUUUUGGUUUAUUGAUCUUAAUUUUUUAUUGAAUACUCUAACUUCUAGAGCUUUCUGUUAGAUUAUUUGGCUUAUUCAGACUACGAUUUGAAUAGGAGAAUGACAUGGUCUGAUUUACACAUCUAAACUGAAUGCUUGUUUAUUAUUUGGCUCCUAAAUUAGAGAUAAAAGCAAGAGAUAAUAGUUAUACCCCAUUCCUCUCUGAGAAAGCCAUAUAAACUCACUCACCAAAUUAAGUAUUUUUUAGCGUUCAGCUUUCAGAGAAGUAUUAUACCAUGCCAACAUGAUGUAGAGUUUAAGCAAACAGACUUUUCUCCUUCACCUGAGUUUAACACAAAAGGAGCAGUUUUCUCAUUUCAGAAGACUGCUCGCCUGGCCACUAAUCUCCAAUCUGUGGGCCCAUUUAUUUGAAAUAAAGCCCUUUUUGCUUUUGACUCAACUACUUUGUCUUGAUUACAGAGGCAAAGUUUACACAUUAAUUUUACUCUCUUAAAAUAGUACCUAAUGUUCAUAACACAUUUGCUUUUCAUUCCUCAUUUCUCAUUCAACCAUGUAAAAUAAAUUCAAUAGCAUUUUCAUGUGUAAGGCAUAGAGAUCUCUCUAAGUUACCUUGAGAAAUAGGGUUUUUGUAUGAGACACAUGUGAUUUAGAACUGGAAAGUGGUUAGUUCCUGAGGAAGCUCAAAGGAUUGGUCCAUCUGUCAACCUCUAUGAUUUCUAGCUCAUCAAUCCCUUCACUCACUAUAUAGCUUCUUUUGUUUCCUCACUCCUUUAGCUUACCAUUGCUCAACUUAAUUAAACUAAACAACUUCCUUUGUAUUUCAGAGUCAUUUUGGCAAAUUUAUGAGGAAUUGUGGCUCAGAUUCCUAGCACACAGCACUUUAUCAGCACAUCUUUUCAAGCUAUGACAUGCACAUCACAGAUCACUAGCCAGCUUGUUAAUGGGUUUCACUUAGUGCAAUUGCCCUGUUGUCUCUUCCCAUUAAUUGGGUUAGAGUCAUGAAUUCAUUUGAUAAAGAAUAGGACCACUUCACAGAAGUCACGGGUAAUGCAGAACCCUUUCAGAUGUAGACAUGGCAGGGAAUGAUGGGCAUAGUAUUUGUUUAUGUUUGUGAUAGGCUUCAAAUUGACAAAUUUGAAAUGUGGUUGGCAUAAAAAUGCAGAAAUACAGAGAACUAUCAGUAACUGUUACUAUUAAUCUAGUGCCAACAUUCUGAAUCAGUAUGUCAGUAAAGAGAUCCCUGAGAAAUAUGUAUCCAGAUGUUCUGAUGAUGGAGUAAUGAGUCGUUUAAAAAUGAAAAUUCAGCACAUCUAUUGUUUUCAUAAUAUAAACCUCAGAAAGUAAUUUUUACAAAAUCUUGGCUGAUGGUGCUAUGCAGAACAUAAAGUAAGAAUUUAAAAUGUGAGAUUUCAAAAAUUUCUACAUGCGCAGAGGUUGUAUCCAUAUUAACCAACUCACCUCACACCUACCUUGCUUUGUAGUGGCUAGAAAACAAAGAUACAAGAAACACAAUAACAACUCUGUGGGUAACUUUUCCCAAGCAUUUUUGGCACACAAUGUAUAUUGAAUAAUCACCCAUGAGUGUGAAUUUUCUCUAAAUUUCAAAUCUAACAUAAUUUUUUUAAAAAUGGUAGAGAAUUUAAAUAACUCUUUUAAGAAAUAUUUACAAGUGUGAUCCCUAUUUUGCCACAAUCUUAGGGGGAACAAUUUAACACUGUUAGGAACUGUUAUAAGCAGGCUUCAAGGAAGCAGUUUUGAGGAAGUUUGAAGAGUUCACCUUUAGAAAUGUAAAUUUCUUCAUUUCACUAACUAAUCAUUUAUCAUCAAUACCAGUUCACCAGGGGAGACUAAUACCACAUUGUUAACCAUAAUUUGUUGUGAAAUGAAACAUAGCCUACUUAGAAAAGUCCAUCUGAAGAAAGAAAACUUGAUUAGGCUAAUUGAAAAUAGACCUUAGUAAAAAAUAAGAGCGAGAAUAAGAAGGGGAAAAGGAAGUGGGGGUAGAAGUAUGAAUGGGAGGGUGGGCAUGGUGGGAAGAAUUAUCAUGGUCCUAAAGUUGUAAUUGUGAAAUGUAUGAAGUCUGUAACUGUAAAGCAGUAUAGUUCUGCAUACAUUCUUAUGGGCUUAUUUUUAAGGGUACACAUUAAAAACUUUCAGUGGGACCCCAAAUCCCCUUAAGCUGGGAGGUAAAAAUAGCAUUUUAAGUGUUAAAAUGAUCAUAUGGAUAGGAUCAAGUGUUAAAGUGAUCAUGUAGGAGUAAGUGUUUGGUAAUAAUAAUAAACAGAAUU